CACUGGCAAUAGUUGCGCAGUUAGUCGCAAAGAGGAAUUCAUGCUCGGAGGAAGUGAUAGCCUCACAGCGAAGACCUCUUAUUGCGCAGUUCGACAAGUAAUUUCGCAAAUCGAACAUCCGACAUCAAGUGUCGUUAACGAACGAAACGAGAGAUUUUUCUAAGUCGACAAGGAAAUCAUGGCACUGGUAUCGAGAAGCUUAUGCCGCAGCUGGUGGGACGAUAUAGAUCGCUUCCACCGUGAGAUGGAGGAGCACUUUCGGAGGCUGAGUCUGCGCGACGACGAUCUGUGGCGAAUGCCGUCGCUCCUCGACAGGUUUCGGCCGUGGCGCGACGUAUUUGAAAAUUGGGAACGUGAGAUAGGCGGAUGGGCAACAGUCGAGCGCGACGCGGACAAGUAUCGGAUAAUAGUGGACGUACAGCAAUUCAGGCCGGAGGACGUCACCGUUCGCACCGACGACAGGUACAUCACCGUUGAGGCCAAGCAUCAUGAGAGGAAGGAUAAACACGGCUAUGUGUCGCGACAGUUUAUACGUCGUUAUUUGCUGCCGCUCGCUUACGACAUCGUCCACGUGAAGCCCAGCUUGUCUUCCGAUGGUAUUCUGACUAUUACGGCACCCAAAUUGGCAUAUAUUACGCCACCGCCGGGCGAGCGAUUCGUGCCAAUUCGACGAACCUAUUUGCCGGCUAUAAAAGCUACGUAAUGUGCUGAGAUGUUUCCGGAUAACGCGAAAAUCCAAUAAUUGACAGAUUCAUCGCCAAAACGAAAUGUCUGAAUAAUUUUUUUUAGAGCCAUGAUCCUUAAAGUUACUAUACCGCUGUCUGCAAUAACAUUUAGUAUCGUGACCUGCCAAGAAACGAACAGUCAAACAUUGGUGAGAAGGAAGUUAAUCGGCGUCUUGAAUGUUUGAAUUUUCAAAUACCUCUGCAACGAGUUUCAGACCGGUUCGCGUUAUUCGGCUUCCUCGCAAAUGUCUAUUAUACGUGCACAAUCGAUCAAUACGAGAUAUCAAUAUUUUAAACACUUGCUGAUACUUUUAUUGUAUGUAGGUAUAUAUGAACAGAUUGUCUCGAAAUUUACGAAUCAAAUUAUUACAGCAAGACAGAUAUCGAAAAAAAUAUUUGUAUAAGUUUUUGAAAAUUCUUUCAGUGGUAUUUUGCAAAUUUCGGGACACCUUGUAUGUACAUAUAUAUUAUAUACAAAUGCAUUAGCAUUGCUGUCUGUAUAUCAGGACGAGUCACGAUCGUUAUUUUUGCCACAGUAAGAUUGAUAAAAAAAGACUACAGAAUUAGAUUUGCAUUCUGUUAUGUUUAAAAUAGAUAUUCACAUUCGAUUGCAUAUAAGUUUUCUCAAGAGCGGAAAUUAAUAGAUCGAUUCGAUAAUCACGAUCGUGACUCGUUCUUCGUAAAUUUGGAUGACUCUAACAUGUAGCGCGUAAUGAGCCAUAAUUAAAAAAUUAGAUAAAAACAUGCAUGUACAGUUGUAUUGUAUUAAUUAUUUUCUCAUAGCUUUAAAAAAACACGAAUGCGGACAACAGCAUGUUACGAAGCUUUACGACGCUGUUUUAGACAUUACAUCAUUCGGGUUCGUCUCGGCGAUUGGUUUCGAACGGUUCAUGCCGCCGUGACUAGCUCUAUUAAAAUGUAACAACUGCUAUUGCGUAUGUUCUGUACAGCUUGUCGCUCUUACGUAAUCAUUCACUUAAUUUAUUCGUGUUAUCGUUAGCUUGACAAUUCGAUUUAGAGUUUGUACUUAUAGGUAUUGUUUACGUAACAUUUCUUUUUGGCAAGGAAUGUGAGUUGCAUAAAAUAUGUAUGAAUGAUAUAGGUAAAUCACUCAGUCUUAAUUACUCGUCACAGUCAAGAAGCUAGAAUUAUAGACGAGAUAUUAUGUAAUGCACUUUAUAUUCGUAUUAUCGAGUUAGGCAGUUGCAAUUGUGUUCAAGUCCAACUAAACGCAUGUAUAAUAAUAAUAAAUAUAUAUUUCAUGUUCAAACAAUUUAAAAUGAUUUUAUUUUUGCGAUACUUUUCGCAUACUUAUGUUAGUAAUUUGUAAUUUUA